UGGGCUGGCCGGCUCAUUCAUCCACUCUGACGGGCCUGCCCAAAGGCAGGAAUUUGGAGGAUUCUGGCCAGCGGAUCUCCUCCCACCUUUGGAGAGGAGGACUGCCACCUCCGCAGGUGUCCUAAAUGCAAAACUUCCGCUUUACAGCUGCCUGGGUUACGCUUGCUUUCACCUGGAAGGGAGCGCCUAACGUGCAACUGGGUGUGAAUGGGCAUCGGUGUGUGCUGCAGGGUAGCAACGAGAAGCUGGAAAGGAAAACCAAUUAGUGAGCCCUUCCCCAACAAUAACCCGCCGGCUGCUAAUUGAGACACCAGUGCUGAAGGAGGGGGAAAAAAAUGAAUAAUUCUCCCGAGCCGAAGAUCCUUGGUAAACAAAGUCCAGCCAACUUGCAGACGUGCCAAAUAAUUGAGUUAAAUGUUGGUGGGGAGAUCUUCACAACCAUGUUGAGCACUCUGAAGAGGUACCCAGGAUCCAAAUUGGCUGAGAUGUUCAGUCAGGCUAUACCCCGAACAGAUUCGGCGGGACGAUUCUUCAUAGACCGGCCGGGGACUUAUUUUAAAUACGUCCUUGAGUAUCUGCGUAGUGAUCAGGUCCCCUUGCAACACGUUGAGGAGGUUUAUAAGGAAGCCACCUACUAUGACGUCAAGCCUCUGAUCAAGCAACUGGAAGAGUCUCCUCAGAUCUUUGGUGAGCUGGUGGCCAGGAAGCAGUUCCUGGCUCGGGUGCCCAACUAUUCUGAAAGCAUCGAGCUCAUGAUCCGAAUCGCCCGGGCAGAAGCUGUGGCCUCCCGUCAAUCCAGCGUUAUGCUCUGCGUGAUGAAGACUUUGGAAGAUGUGGCGAAGUGUGGCGAUGCUCUCAGCAGCUUAGAUGUCUCCAAGAAAUCUGUGGUCCAGUUUGGCCCGUGGAAAGCUGCCCCAAACGUUCAGGAUCUCCUGGACUGCAUCAAGAUGGACAUAGAAGCCAAAGGUUACAAGACGUCUUUCCAGAGCUACGUUCCAGAAAAAGGCUUUCGUUUCAAAGCCAAUGACUUCUUCUACAAGUUUUUGUUCCAUUGGUGGUAGCCCAAAGCUCAUAACUCAUAAUAUCUUGAAGCAGGGGUGGGAUUCAAUUUUUUUUACUACCGGUUCUGUGGGCAUGGCUUGGUGGGCGUGGCAGGGGAAGGAUACUAUAAAAAUCUCCAGUCAGAGGUGGUUGCUGGCUCUCUGAACUACUCAAAAUGUUUGCUACCGGUUCUCCAGAACUGGUCAGAACCUGCUGAAUACCACCUCUGUCUUGAAGGUCUCUUGGGUAGCUUCCCCAGCAUUGGGCUACAUAAAGGCAGAAGAUCCCUCCAGAGGUCUGCUGAAUUUUAGCAGUCUAGGAUCUCUAAACUUUGCUCCUUGUCUGGUGUUUGAGAUCUUUUGAGAACAAUUGGAUUUUGGUGGGCAUUCUCAUAAAAGCAGGAAACAGGCCAACAAGAAAAUGAGGGUUUAUCUGUGUAAAUGUCUAUGGACAUUUUCAGUCAUCCAGGUCAGGGUUGUCUCAAAAGUGCUUUUUCAAGACCCAGCUGAACUUUCUGAUUUUUCUUUGAAGACGUUUCACUUCUCAUUUUGGACAGAGAGGACCACUUUAGGCAUAAAAG